GUCUACGUUUUGUAUUGCCUCUAUAGCAGUUUAGGAAGAGAAUCAGUCAUUCAUUUCAUAUCUUGUGCGUAAUUAUGUGUGACCUUCUGCUGCGCCUUAUCGCCCGCAAUAUUUUUGGUAUAAAAAGUUUCGUGCGUCUAUUGGAUUUUCAGUUGCGACAUUGAACUUAUCCAAGCGAUUUCUGAAGUCAACCACCUUUAAUAUAUACAAAAAAUGGAUUUUUACUAUGUGCCUGCGUCCCCUCCUUGCCGCGCCGUCCUGUUGGCCGCAAAAGCUUUAGGAGUCAAUUUAAAUAAAAAGCUGCUAAAUUUGUUUGCUGGAGAGCAUUUGAAGCCCGAAUUUCUUAAACUCAAUCCACAACAUACAGUUCCCACAUUGGUAGAUAACGGUUUCUCUAUUUGGGAGUCACGUGUCAUAACUGUCUAUUUGGCCGAAAAAUACGGCAGAAAUGAUUCCUUGUAUCCGAAAAACCCGAAAAAGCGCGCUGUCAUCAAUCAACGUCUCUUCUUCGAUCUCUCCACAAUAUAUCAGGCCUUUAUCGAUACAUACGUUAAACAAUACCUCUUUAAGCAACCAGUCGAUGCAGAGAAAUACAAGGCAAUCGAUACAGCUUUUGAAUUAUUGGACACAUUCCUGGAGGGACAGAAUUAUGCUGCUGGAGAUUCUUAUACUCUGGCUGAUAUUUCAUUGCUAGCAACAGUGUCAUCUUAUGAAGCUGUCAACUAUGAUUUCAGUAAAUAUAUCAAUGUAGCCAGAUGGUACGAGAAUUUGAAGAAGAGUGCACCUGGUUGGGAAGAAAAUUGGGCUGGCUGCUUGGAAUAUAAAAAUCUAUUAGGCCUUUAAGUUUACAACACUAGGUACUACAAUUUUGUGCUCAGGUUUACUUGGAUAAAUUAUGUAAAUAAAAAGUUAAAAUUUCACAAAA